CUAGGGUUUGCUCAUUUGGGGAAAAAGGGUUCUGAGAGAUUUCAAAGAGAAGAGAUGCCGAUGACAGAGUUAAUCUAUGAGAGUGAUCCAGAUGAUCCCGAUUACAUUGGAAGAGAUGGAGACAUGAGCGGAGAAGAUGGAGAUGAUGAUGAAGACGUCGUCGAGAGUGGCGAUGAUGGAGACAUGAGCGGGGAAGAUGGAGAUGAUGAUGAAGACGUCGUCGAGAGUGGCGAUGAUGGAGAGAAGAGUGAGGAUGAUGGGGACGACAUAGCAAAUGGUAGCGAUGUUGAACCAGAGAAUGAGGCGAGGCGAAGCAAGGCAAAGCGGAAGAGAGAGGAGUCUGAAGUGGAAGAAGACAACGAAGAAACACAAGGAAAAACGGAAAAGAAGAGUAAGGUUGAAGAGGAAGACGAUAUAGUGGAAAGGUUUGAGUUUGAGAUAGAAGAAUCUGUAGCAAGCUGGUCUGAUGAGUUUAGGAUUAAUCAAAAUUCCAUCCCUGAGAGUUCAGAUGAAGAGGAAGAUCCAAUAAUUAUUAGAGAUAGGAGAAUUAGGAUGGGAAUUGAUGAUAACUUAGCUAUCGGUAGAACAUUUUUCACUGCGUUUGAGAUCAAAGAGGUUGUGUUACAUCAUGCGUUGAAGUCGAGAGAAAACAUUAGACAAGAAAGGUAUGGGAAGGAAAAAAUUGGUUUUAGGUGUGGUCGUGAUAAGAAUUGUGCUGGAAAGUAUAUUGCGCAUUCGAUAAGAAGUCCUGUGAUUGGAAAGCUUUUCAUGGACAAACUAAGGAUGCAUCCUGAUUACAUGCCGCUUGAUAUUCAACAGCAUAUUAAGGAGCAAUGGAAGCUACUGAGUUCUAUAGGACAAGUGCAAAGAGGAAGACUUUUAGCUCUAAAGUGGCUUCGAGAAGAAUAUGCUCAACAUUUUGCUCAUCUUAGAGGUUAUGUGGCUGAACUGGAAGGUUCAAAUCCAGGAUCCACAUCAAUAGUUGAUACCAUUCGUAAUGCUGAUGGUGAAGACGUUUUUAACCGUUUUUAUGUGUGUCUUGGAGCAAUGAAAAAAGCUUUCUAUUAUUGUCGGCCUAUCAUUAGGAUUGAUGGAACUUUCCUGAAACAUGCUAUCAAAGGUUGCUUGCUUACUGCUAUUGCUCAUGAUUCAAACAAUCAGAUUUAUCCAAUUGCGUGGGCAGCUGUACAAACUGAAAAUGCUAAUAACUGGUUAUGGUUUCUAAAACAACUCAAGGCUGAUUUGGAUCUAAAAGAUGGGACUAACUAUGUCAUCAUAUCUGAUCGUUCUAAAGCGAGUGUUCUUGGAAUUAUAAGUUCAGUUAAAAAUGAGUUGCCAAAUGUUGAGCACAGAAUGUGUGUCAAACACAUAGUGGAGAACUUGAAGGGUAGGCAUGCUAAUAAAGACUUGCUAAAAGGACUUGUUUGGCACUUAGCUUGGAGUUACAACGAUGCAGAUUUUAAAGCUAAUUUAAAGAAGAUUAGAGCUUAUGAUCUUGAAUUAUAUGACGAUGUUAUGAAGGAGGAUCCAAAAAGUUGGUCUAGAGCUUACUAUAAGAUUGGAAGUUGUUGUGAAGAUGUGGACAACAAUGCAACAGAGUCCUUCAACUCCACUAUUGUUAAGGCAAUGGCAAAGGCAUUGGUUCCAAUGUUGGAAACAAUAAGAAGGCAGGCGAUGAGGAGAAUUACAAAGAGAAAUCUAAAAAUUGAAAAAUGGAAGAAGAAGCUCUCUGAGUAUGCAUCCGAUAUAUUAGAAGAAGAGAAAGAAGAUGCUAUGCGAUGUGAGCUAACAAAAGGAACACAUGGUAAGUACGAAGUUCAUUUGGAUGGAAAUUCACAUUAUGUGGAUUUGAAACUUGGGAAAUGGGAGUGUUCAUGCGGUAAAUGGCAAAUCACCGGGAUUCAUUGUGAGCAUGCUUAUGCAGCCAUCUUAGAUGUUAACAAGGAUGUUGAUGAUUAUGCAUCCCCAUACUUUAGUACUCAAGUGUGGAAAGAAGUGUAUGAGAAAGGUCCUGAGCCGGUUAGAGGUCCACGUUUUUGGAUGACCAACAACUAUGUCUUGAUUACCAAACUAGAAGAUCCAAUUCUUCUUGGGAGAAAGAAGGGGCAGAAAAAGAAGUUUGAUCGGAUUAAAGGAAAAAAUGAGUCACCGAAGAAGAAGAAGAAAGGAAAUAAGGAUGGAAAGGAAACAUGGAUACUCAAACUCGAAAGAAAAGGAAGGAUCAUGCAUUGUCGUUUGUCCAUCUACAUCUCAAGCACCAGAUACAAUCACACUCUCACAGGGACCAGAAACACUCACACAAGGAAGCAAUGUCUAGGAGUUGAGAAAUAGUUGCAGGAUUUUUUUGGUUUUAGGACUGUUGGCUUUUUUUUGGUUUUAAGACUGUUGCGGAUUUGUGUUGGUAGUAGAGGAAUGUUGCAGGUUUUGCUUUGGUUUUAGGAGUCUACUCAAUGUAAACGAUUUAUUUUGGUUGCUACUCAAUGCUAUUUUGGUUUUAGGAGUGUCUACUCCAUCACAAUUCACA